UAGCCUCGCCCGUGUGAGAGAUUUGGAGAUUUCCGGGUCCUGUGACUUAUCAGGUGGUUGUCCGUCAGGAGGAGAGGGGCAGACUCUUACUGCGCUUUCUCUUUUAUAUCACCUCUCUCUCUCUCUCUCUCUCUCUCUUUCCUUCUCCCCUCUCUCUCUCUCACUCUCACCCAGACACACACUGAACUCCUCUCCCGGCCUGACUGCAGGACAGAGAGACAGAGACAGAUUUAGAGAAAAAGUGGAAGUGUUGGUGGGAAGUUGUGGGAAGUUGUCGGGUCUCUCGGUAACUGUCACUCACUGGCUGUAGCAGCGGCAGUAGCAGCAGCAGCAUGGCCGGCGGCUCGGUGUCCGAGUGUAAGGAGUACCUGUUCAAAGUUCUGGUGAUCGGUGAACUGGGAGUGGGAAAGACCAGCAUCAUCAAACGAUACGUACACCAGCUCUUCUCCCAGCACUACAGAGCCACCAUCGGCGUGGACUUCGCUCUCAAAGUCAUCAACUGGGACAGCAAAACACUAGUCCGGCUGCAGCUGUGGGACAUCGCAGGUCAGGAGCGGUUUGGGAACAUGACCAGAGUGUACUAUAAGGAGGCUGUGGGAGCGUUUGUGGUCUUUGAUGUGACCAGAAGCUCCACUUUUGAGGCUGUGUCAAAAUGGAAGCAUGACUUGGACAGUAAGGUGAAACUGGCCAAUGGCAACCCCAUUCCCUCUGUCCUGCUGGCCAAUAAAUGUGACCAGAAGAAAGAUGGAUCCAACAAUGCCUCCCUCAUGGACACCUUCUGCAAGGAGACUGGCUUUCUGGGCUGGUUUGAGACAUCAGCGAAGGAAAAUAUAAAUGUUGAUGAGGCGGCCCGGUUCCUUGUGGAGAACAUCCUCCUCAAUGAUAAAGGCCUUCCGUACGAGGAAAGCAAUGGUGACCGCAUCAAGCUGGAUCAAGAGCCAUUGCCUGGGGAGAUCAAGUCGGGCUGCUGCUAGCAUCAGGCCUCCUCUGUCCACUCACCUGUACUACAGGAGGGCAUAUCUGCCAGGGACUGAGACUCCCUGUCCCUUUUCCUCGAACACCAGGGCCCUCUCCAUCCCUCUCAGCUUACGUCCACCCAGCGGCACAAGCACAUGUCCUGGUCUCCAGAUGGAAUCCAUAGCCAUGAAGAUGAUGCAUUGUGUAGUGACCACUCCAUAUAUCUCACUCGUUCUGUGUUUGUUCCUGCCUUUCUCUAACUUUUGUAUAAUGAUGUUUGUGUUAAGAACUUUUAUAUUGUAGCAAAACCUCCAAUAAGGCGAAUCAGUUUUUUUUGGUAUUGUAUAGCAUUCUUGUUACAUUACUGAAUGCAAUCCUAUGGGUAUCAUAGGAGGGUGUACCAAGUACAUCUCAUCUUUCUGCCAUAUGCAGUUAAAGCUGGCAUGACUAAUGGGUUUGCAGGGAGAGUGAGCAGUUAAUGGUCCACACUGGUCAUAAAGUUAGGAAGUAAUAGGGCUUUCCCAAUGUGGGUUAGCCAAUAAACUUUUAAAUUGAAGGAAAAAAGGUGGCUUCCAGCUACAAGGCAUUCACCUAGGAAAACACUUAUUGGGAGUUAUCCACUCUCCUGUAGGAAAAUACAACUUUUAUUUAAAAGUUUCAUAUGUUGUUCAGUUUUUUCUGUCUCCUGUUUUACUCUCUCGCAUUUUUGUCUAUUUUGUAUCAGUGUAUCAGUUGCCUCACAGAGUUCAAGCAUACGAAGCUUAUCACAAAGAACACACUUGUCCAGAGUGUCACGAAAUCAUAAGGUUGUCCUCUAGUGAGAGAUAUAUCAGUAUAUCAGAGGUGUGGAUGUGAGCACUUCAAAUAUGUCUUAUGGAGAAUAGGGCUGCUUCAGACUCUGUAGCCUGUUCUAUGCAAGGACUGAUGUUCAUUUUGAUUCAGUACCAAUUUUGAAAUGAUACUGAAUAAGGUGUUUGAACACCUGUCCUAAUCAUUCCUUUUAUUCCAGAAAGAGCUGGAGGCAAAUGUAACUUUUUUUAAAUAUGCUGGAAUCAACACAUGUUGGAAUAACACUGACAGUAAAUAAAAAAAACUAAACCAA